AUGGCGUAUGCAACGCUUCACAUCAAGAAAGACGUUGUAGGUUUGAUUACUUUCAUUUAUCGAUGGAGUCCUUCCACACACACGGCUAUAUGUAGAUGGGGAGAAAUGACUAUUACUCUGGAAAGCGUAGCCGUGUUGCUGAAUCUCCCCAUUGCGGGAAGUUUCCACUAUAAACUAUCCACCGAAGAAAAUUCCACCCUCGAUGCUAUACUUCAUAAGGCAGAAGAGUAUGAUCAACCGAAAAAGGACGAGAAAUGCUUUUACACUUGGUGGGUGUCUCAAUGGUUUCCUACAAAACCAAGGCCGGGCCAGACACUGGAUGGUAAACUCAGCGUGGUCGCAUCUCUGUCUUUGUGGCUGUCUAGGGACAUCUUUGAUGACGCCUAUGUGAAGAAGACCAUAAGACACAAUCUUUUCAUGUUUGACAUAAAUUUAGCGAAAGGAGUGGUUCUCCCCUUAGGCAGUUUAUUCCUUGGAUCGUUGUACUCUUAUCUAGAUGCUUUGGCAGCAGACAUCCACACCUCCAACGGGUACAAGAAAGUGGAGUCGCAUAUUCACAUAGCUUUACUUAAAGCAUGCUUAUGGGAGCAUUUCAAAGGUUAUGCUCCCAUCCCUGCAACUUCGUUUUCUAGCUUGUAUGGUGGUUCGAGAAUACUCCGUUGGCAAAACAGACGACAAAAACCUGGGGUAAGGCUCGUCGAUUUCCUCGAUAACGUGUACGCCAUAGAUUUCCGUCCAUGGGGACCGGUUCAUUUUUUUGUGGUUCAACCAAAGACCUUCACCACUACUUCCGACACUGUGUUGCACACUGAUGGAAAGGAUAUGAGCUCUGAAGAGAUUAUAUUUCUGCGAAGCUGCAUUCCAGGAUAUGUUCCGUCUUAUUUUGAUGAAUUCCUCAAUGUAGUUCCUUAUAAUAUUGACAGAGCCGCCAGUCAGAUGGGAUUUGACCAAGGCAUCCCGUUUGAUCGCCCGCCAAUGCCUUCAAAGGAGCUUGUGUCGUCUGUUCUUGAUGCUAGCCUACUUGCAACGAAGCAGAGCCUUCCAUUCCCGCCUCUUGGAAGAAAACCAUCCACGACUGAUAUGUAUAGAAGUUUUUGGCGAGAAAAGCUUCUAGCUUUUCAAAAAUUCUCGGAAGAGAUCGUGACAGUUCCUCGUGGUGAGCCCACCCUCGCAAUUUUGGAGAAGCAUAAACGAUUGAAACCACUUCCGGGCAAGCGAACCAGGGAUGGAGAUUCUGGUGACUACAGUACCCAAGAUGAAGGAGCAAGGAGGUCUAAGAGGCAGGAAAAUCGACCGGUGGUUUUCAAUUCUUCCCACAUGCAGGGCACCAUGAAGGAAAAUGCUUUGACGAGGUUUGCACGUAGUCGUAAUGCGGCUUUAGAGAAAUCCGGUGAGACCGAAUCUCUCGAAGGCGAUGACAAGGAUGAUGUAAACUCGGUCGGCGACGAAGGAAGCGUCUCCCAGAGUGGCAAGGAGUCUGAUCGUUUCAGUGAGCUUGUGGAUGAGACCGUGGAAGAAAUCAACCUUCAGGGUGAGGCAAACAACGCGGGGAAUGCUGGAGAGGCUACAUCUAUGAUCGUAGUGGCGCUUCCUUCUAAAGAUCCCCCUGUGACCGACAAAGCGUUGGCUGCGCACUCUGCUGCUGGGCACACAUCGGCUUGUGGAGAGAGGAAAUAUUCUCGGUUCAUAGGUGCAGCUCCCUUGAAUUGA